AUGAGUCUGCAGAUCUUAAAGGACGAAAACAUCACCGGUGACAGGGCCACAGAGAGCUGCAACUUCCUGUUUUCACCACUAGAACUAACUGGAAGAUCUUCUGUCUUCCGUCUGUCGCAGAAGGAAAAUGUGCCACCCAGAAACACAGCCAGAGCGAUGAAGGUGACUUUUCAGACACCUCUGAGGGAUCCACAGACACACAGGAUCCUAAGUCCAAGUAUGAACAAGGUCGAGAGCCCGUUUCCUCUGGACAGUACGCCAGGGCCGGGGAGUGCCCGUCCCCUCCGGACACAGAAAGACAGCCCACAGUUGACCUGGGAAGUAGAUGGAAUUCUCCAGAGAUCACCUGUAACCGACAUAGCCCCACCCCAAGGUGCCGGGAGACCAGUGGGGAACGGCAGUGCUGGCGACCCCGGCUUUACACUUCUCGGCAAUAUGGACUCCUCAGGCUCCCUGCAAGCUCCAGCAAGUCUCGAGCGCUCACUGUGGUCUCUGAGGCCAGAGCCUGGUGGCCUUGAGGAAGCCGUGGAAGACAAUGAUAACUCCUUCUCAGAUAAAGAGGUUCCAUUCAAUUCUGAAAACCCGGAAGACUUUGCCAGGAUGAUGGCCUCGGACAAGACGGAGGGUGCUCACAAAGGCACCAAGGAAUCCUCGGCCGGACCCUCUGGCGGGGUCAGUGCUGCUCCCACUGAGGCUGCCUCCCUCCCCUCUGUGAGUCCAGAAGGACCAUGUGGAGAGGCUGCCCUCGCAGACCUGCCUGGCGAGGCACUAGCCUGCCCUGAGGACGUAUGCAGCCCCCAGGAGGAGGAGCAGAAGCCACCAGCCAGCUCUGCCAGUGGUACGAAGGCUCCCAUGCCCUCAGAUGAGGCCUGGGUCUCGACCCCCACGUGUGCUUCAGGUCUUGUGGACGCAGCCCCAGCUAGCCCUUCAAGAGCUGGAAGGGCUGUGUCCCUGAGUCCUCAGAAAGAAGAGGGCCCUGGGCAGGCGGCUGCCUCCACAAAGAGUGAGCCUGUCAAGCUGGAGUUUGACUUCUCUGCCGGUGCUCCCAGCAAGCGAGCCCCUCUCCCCAGGAGACUGGGAAAGAGGCCGGGCGUCAAGCCCCCUGCCAAGCAGGAGGCCCGGCAGGCUCCCAUGGAGACAGAUGAGGGCCGGGGGGCCGCCAGGGAAGACGCGCACCCCGUCCCUGCUCCCCGGGGGUCGUACAGCCUGGACUGGGACAAGCUCGAUGACCCAAACUUCAAUCCAUUUGGAGGUGGUUCCACAUGUGUGGAGGCCCAGCCCCAAGAAAGACCAGAGGCCAGGUCAGCCUCUCCCACAGCCAAGCCGCUCAGCGCUAGGCCCGAGACCACUGAGUCCUCAUCUCCAAAUCAGCAGGUAGGUUCAGCCUUGCCUGAUGGUGCCCCUGAGGUCCAAGUUGCCACAUCUCAGGUCCAGGUCCCCGCGGGAGCGCCAAGAGCGGCUGCUGAGAAGGAAACAAGUUGUUCUUGGGACACGUCGGUCCCCACGAGCAGUACAGUCAGUGAGCCGACAGCCAUGCCCACUGAUCUGGCCCUCACCCUGGACCUCAGCAAGGAGAGCUUCAGGGAUUCAGCUGAAGUCCUAGGCACCGGGGCCGAGGUUGAUUACCUGGAGCAGUUUGGAUCCUCCUCGUUUAAGGAGUCAGCCUUGAGGAAACAGUCCUUAUACCUCAAAUUUGACCCACUCCUGAGAGACAGCCCCAACAGACUGGAUCCCAUGGCCACGGAGACCAACAGCACCCAGGCCCCUGUCCGCCCUUCGUUGGAGACCCUGCCAGGAUCCAGGCUGGUGGAGUUUGACUUCUUGGGCGCUCUGGAUGCUGCGGUACCGAGCCCUCCGCCAUGUGGCCUCGGGCCCGGGGGCCCGCCCCUGUCUGUGGGCCGCAUCGUGGACGUGCUGCAGUACAGCCAGAAGGACCUGGACGCCGCGGUGAGAGCCCUGCAAGUGGAGAACGUGGAGCUGAAGAGCAAGUGUGAGGAGCUCUAUACCAGGAACCAGGAGAUGGGGAGGAUCAUGGAUGAGUUUGAAGGGAUUGCACGCCGGGUGACAGAGGAGGCUAGGAAAGAGAAGGAACUUGCCGAAGCCAAGAUCCAAAAGAUUCUGAAAGAACGUGAUCAGCUUACGGCAGACCUGGACUCCAUGGAAAAGUCUUUCUCUGAUCUCUUCAAGCGUCUUGAGAAGCAGAAGGAAGUGAUUGAAGGCUACCACAAGAACGAAGAGUCCCUGAAGAGGUGUGUUGAGGAUUACAUCCUGAGGAUUGAGAAGGAAGGCCAGAGAUACCAGGCGCUGAAGGCCCACGCGGAGGAGAAGCUGAGUCUAGCCAACGAGGAGAUCGCCCAGGUGCGCAGCAAGGCCCAGGCGGAGGCGCUGGCCUUCCAGGCCAGCCUGCGGAAGGAGCAGACGCGGGUCCACUCGCUGGAGAAGGCCAUCGAGCAGAAGACGAAAGAAAACGAUGAGUUGACAAGGAUCUGUGACGACCUGAUUUCAAAGAUGGAAAAGAUCUGA